AUGAGAACUAUCUUCAUCUUAUUUGCAACAGUUCUUGCAGUUCUCUCAAUCUUCCUUUCCAGAAAACCAAUCCGUUUAUCACCACCUCUUCUUCCCGGAGCUCAUGACAAGCUUAAAGAUGCAGAAGUAAUUUCACUUUCCGGUGUCGGAGCAUUUGGCGGUGAGAGUAUUGUCUUUGAUCCUAAUGGUGAGGGUCCUUACACCGGCGUCGCCGAUGGUCGGAUUCUUAAAUGGCAAGGUGAUGAUAAAGGAUGGAUUGAAUUUGCAGUCACUUCCGCAAAUAGGAAUGAGUGUGUUCAAGCAUUUGCACCCAAAAUGGAGCAUGUGUGUGGGAGAACAUUAGGAUUACAAUUUCAUCAAAAGACAGGAGAUCUCUACAUUGCUGAUGCUUACUUUGGGCUCAUGAAAGUUGGACCAAAUGGAGGUUUAGCCACUCCAUUAGUAACAGAGGCUGAAGGCAAAACCUUCAAAUUCACCAACAAUAUAGACAUAGAUGAGGAAGAAGGUGUAGUCUAUUUCACUGAUUCAAGCACAAAAUUCCACAGAAGAGAGUUUAUCUCCAUCGUUUUAAGCGGCGAUACAAGUGGGAGAUUCAUGAAGUAUGAUAUAGCAACUAGAGAAUUGACAGUACUGAUGAGAGACCUAUUAUUUCCCAAUGGUGUGGCAAUAAGCAAAGACAGAUCUUUUGUGCUAGUUGCUGAGACUGCAAAUGGUAAUGUCCAAAAGUAUUGGCUUCAAGGUCCUAAAGCUGGAACUCAUGAGCUAUUCGCGGAGCUACCAGGUUUUCCAGAUAAUCUUCGACGGAACUCUGAUGGGGAUUUUUGGGUUGCUUUGUACUCAAAGAAGGGAAAUAUGGAGAAGUGGCUUGAAACCAAACCUUCAGUAAGGAAUGUAUUAGCAAAGUAUCCCUAUAUUGUUGAGAAAGUACAGACAUUGAUGAGUGGUUUGAAGGCACAUGCAACUGCUAUGAAACUGAAUGAAGAGGGACAAGUUUUGGAAGUGUUGGAAGAUGGUGAAGGAAAGACUUUGAGCUCCAUUACUGAAGUGGAAGAAAACAAUGGAUAUUUGUGGAUUGCUGCACCAAUGAUGCCCAUCAUGGGUCGUAUUAAGUUGCAGUAGAACAAUCUUAGUUUGGGAAAUUCUUAGAAUUUUUCUAUGAAAUUUCGAAUUUCAAGUUGGCUCCCUGGUUUUUAUGCAUUUU